AUGAACAUUGCCCUUUUUUUCUGCUACAUAUCUCUUGACGUUGACACGGAUACCAAUUCGAAACAGCAUUACGGCAUUUUCCCUCCUGAUAUUUUGGAAGUCAUUGUUCCUAAUCUCAAACGUAAGGACACAUAUACACUAGCAAGCACAAGCAAAUCAAUGUGGGAGCACAUUCGUCACAUUCCACUUGAUAGUACUUGGGACAUAGAGACCACCCAGCUCGUCAACGCUUCCUUUAUGCUGGCAAAUACAAGACAUGUUCAUGUGUUGAUCAAUGACACCUUUGAGUACUACAGUAAUCUACGUCAAUAUCUUGGUAAAUUAUAUCAACUUGAAAGUGUAGCUUUCUCUUGUGAAAAGAUCACAUUGACAGCCGGCAUCGCUAAACGACUUCUACAGUGUUUACCUAUGAAAAGACAGUAUCAUAAAUUAGUAGUGUAUGUGCAACAAGGCGACCGUAGCUACUUUGAAGAGGCCAUCUCUCAUUCAUGCAAGAAUAGAGUCAAUCUAAGAAGGUAA